AAGAGAAAACCAUGCCUGAACCCGCCAAGUCCGCCCCGAAGAAGGGCUCCAAGAAAGCCGUGACUAAGACGGCUGGUAAGGGAGGCAAGAAGCGCAGAAAGUCCAGGAAGGAGAGCUACGCGAUCUACGUGUACAAGGUGCUGAAGCAGGUCCACCCCGACACCGGCAUUUCUUCCAAGGCGAUGGGCAUCAUGAACUCGUUCGUCAACGACAUUUUCGAGCGCAUCGCCGGUGAGUCGUCCCGUUUGGCUCAUUACAACAAACGCUCCACCAUCACGUCCAGGGAGAUCCAGACCGCCGUGCGCCUGCUUCUUCCCGGUGAGCUGGCCAAGCACGCCGUGUCCGAGGGCACCAAGGCCGUCACCAAGUACACCAGCUCCAAGUAAGAAGUGACAAACUUC